UGAGUGCGGACCGCGGGAUGCUGAGCGCGGACCGAGGAUGCUGGGCGCGGGCCGCGGGGCGCUGGGUACGCGCUGUGUCGGGCGCUCGGGCUGCUGCACCGCCCCGGCGCGGGCGGAGCUUGGCGGGCUGCGCCGGGAGCCGCGGGCGGGAGCGGGACGCUUCGUUCGUAUUCUUUAACUUAGCAAAACCAUCUGUUCACUCUCCCCCGCCCUCUCGAAGCUGGAUGUCCUCGUAGCCCACCGGGGAGGGGAGGAGGAGAAGGACGUGUGCGGGCAGGGCGAGCCCGCCGCCUGCAUCCCGGCAGCGUGAGCGCCCUGCGGCUCCGCGGGCGCGGGCAGCGGGCGGUCCGCCCUCGGCAGCCGGCCACCACCGCCCGGGACGGCAACCGGCUACCGGGGCUCCUGGUGCCGCCGCUCGGGACGUGUUUGUCGCCAGACUUGGGUGCCUGUUUUCGCUUUGGGUCGCUGUGGAUGAAAGAUACAGAAAGACACCCAUUGUCAGAGGAAAGGAGGGUAGCUGCCAUUGAUAGGGCUGUCCUUUGCUCUGAAGGAGGAGACCAUGCUGAGGCAUCUUUUUAAGAUACCUUCCAUUCUGAACAUCAAAAAACAUCAUCUAAUAUUAUCCUAGGUUUAAACAAGAAAGAUGAAUUUGAGAUGAUUGUUCACUUGGUUCUGUUGCCCUGGAAUUACUGCAGAGCAGACCCCUGGAAAGACACAGCGCAGAAAAACAGUCCUGAGCUGCAAUACAGUGUUUCAUACCUGCAUAACCAUCUAAGAGAUAUCUCAUCUGAGCAAAGAUCACCAGGCUCCUGAGAUGAUUUCAUCUGUGAUGGAAUGACUUCUGGGAAACUGCUUCAGCAAAGGGCACCCAGCAUCUCUGCCCUCACUGAACCAUGACAAAGUCCGAAAUGAACCACACUUUGAUGUAUAACCUGAGCUUUGGUGCACCUGCACAUCCUGUUGAGCCAAGGGCUGGACUCUCACGAAGUGGGCACACAGUAGUGGCUGUUUUUCUUGGAUUAAUCUUGUUUUUCGGUUUCUUGAAUAACUUGAUUGUCCUCAUCCUCUUCUGCAAAUUUAAAACCCUGCGUAACCCAGUCAACAUGCUUCUCCUGAACAUCAGCGUCAGUGACAUGUUAGUGUGCAUCUCGGGAACUACCCUCAGCUUUGCAUCCAACAUCCGUGGCAAAUGGAUCGGAGGGGACCAUGCUUGUAGGUGGUAUGGCUUUGUCAAUUCCUGCUUUGGUGUCGUGUCCCUGAUCUCCCUGGCCGUGCUGUCCUACGAGCGUUACAGCACUCUCACCCUGUGCCACAAGCGCAGCGAUGAUUUCCGCAAGGCUCUGCUGGCAGUUGGUGGUUCUUGGAUUUAUUCCUUGGUCUGGACCGUGCCGCCUCUGCUUGGUUGGAGCAGUUACGGGGUAGAAGGGGCAGGCACAAGCUGUUCAGUACGCUGGUCUUCAGAGUCAGCUGAGUCCACGUCCUACAUCAUCUGUCUCUUCAUCUUCUGCUUGGUUGUCCCCGUGAUGGUCAUGGUGUACUGCUACGGGCGCCUCCUGUACGCGGUCAAACAGGUUGGAAAAAUCCACAAGAAUGCUGCCCGCAAAAGAGAAUACCACGUCCUGUUCAUGGUGAUCACUACAGUUAUCUGUUAUCUGGUGUGCUGGAUUCCGUAUGGGGUUAUAGCAUUACUUGCAACAUUUGGCAAGCCGGGUGCUGUGACUCCAGUUACAAGCAUCAUACCUUCCAUCCUAGCAAAAAGCAGCACUGUUUGUAAUCCCAUUAUCUACAUACUUAUGAAUAAACAGUUUUACAAAUGCUUUCGUCAGCUUUUCCACUGCCAACCUCCUUCCUCCACUGAUGGAGAGCCCACCUACCAUUCCAAGGUAACUGUUAUCCAGCUGGAUCAGAGGGCGGACGGUGGAAACGUGUGCAAUAAUGAACCACACCCAGAAACAGACAAUAAAAUUACUUCUCUCCUGUGCCCAGAGACAACUUCAAAAGCUAUACCACCAACAUCUUAGAAAAACUGGCUCUGAUGGAAAGUACAAGCCUUAAGCAAAGUGUGUUUUAUUAUUUCACUGCCACAUUACCAAACUAGCUCUACUAGUAAUAAAGGAAGUUGCCAUUUGUGGGAUUGAAAAACUGUCAAGAACAAAAAUUGUGACUCCUUAAUAACAGAAAAUUAGCCGCUUAACUCCCAGUAUGGUUCAGCCAUAGCAAAAUUUUAAGCAGUAUCUUUGACUUGCUUGUGAAUUAGUUAAUGGAGUACUUUUAGAAGUGGUAGAGUUUUACCUUCUAGUCAUCAGUGGUUCAAUAUCCUCCAGAAUCAACCUAAAAGGCACACUGGGCUAUCUGGUUUAGCUCCUUACUUUUCCUGCCUGGUUCCAUCCAGACCAUGUCUUGGGAUUUCAGUCUAGUUUGCUCAUAAACAACCAUAGCUUCUACUUACGUUUUUGUUCAUGCUGGACAAUGAUGUUUGGCAGGAGGAAAGACAUUGACUUGGCAGACUAUUUUUUGAGUGGUAACUGCUAAGUUAUAGCACAUUCUUGUGUUGAAGUCUGAAAGAUGAGCUACAACAACAAGUGGAGAUUACCGCAUUCAGAACUGUCCCUGUGCUAGGGGCUUAUCUGUCCUGGUGGAAUCAGGAGGACUCCUGAUGCUUCCAGGCCUUGUAUACAUGUCAAAUCCUCAAACCCUGGUCUGGGCAAAAAUGAUGGGCAGUGCCAGGCUGUUCUUCCUUUAGCACCUCUAACACUACAGACCUCCAGCCCAUGGGACCAACAGUGUGGUACAAUCAGGACUUCCAUCCAAAUCAUAUGUGGGUGAGAUGCAGGAUAACACAUGAACUUGAGGAGAUAGGUCCCUUUACUUAGCUGGCAGAGCCCCCAGAUUCUCCCUUGAAAUGAUCUGCUCCUGCUGUUCUGCACUGAAUUUAAAAAAAAUAACAAAAAAAGGGGACGGAGAAGGAAGAAUUAAAAAAAAAAAAAAAGUUAUUUUUGGAAAGGAAGCCAUCUUUUUUGUACAAAUACAGUCCUCUCUAAAGUAGAGAAGAAAUGGUUUCAUUUCUGUCUCAUGCCUUGCAGUAUGUGAAACCCGUCCACAGGGGACAGCCCUAGUGUUGUAGAGCCAUUACUUCAAACUCAGUUUACAAAAAAUGUUAAUUGAGCAUCUUUAAAAGAAUAGCAGCAAUUUAGACCACUAGGACAUUUACAUCAGUCCAUGUACUAAGAUAUAUUCAGGUUUUAUUCUAUGUUUUUUUCUAAUGCCAUGUGUCUAGGUUGUUUUUCUUAAGUCCCUAAAACAGCACUGCCAACAGAGCUCCCUGGACUACAGGUCUCACAUUCCAUCCCAUGUUUUUUUCAUACCACUCUUUAACCCUGUUCCUCUCUUUGCUUGGUUUUAACAUGGCAGGGAGCUACUGACAUCUUUAUCCAGCAGAUAUAAGUGUGCCAAGCUGUCUGUAUUUUCGUCUACCAUCCCUUCUCUCCUCCAUUUAGCUUCAGUGAUAUUAUAAAUUUUUUUAAUCACCAAUUGCUUUGUGCCACUUACAUGACUCCCAAAAUAUUUUUUGCAUUAUGUUUGAACUUUAAUGUUUCGGUUGCAGUCCCAAAGCUAAAGAAGAGGAAUGUGCCUAACUGCUGUCAGACUUAAUCUUGGUUCCAUUAACUCAUUUUGCUUGCCUGUCUAUUCUGAGAAGUCCCACGUUGGUUCCCAAUUGUUAUAUUUACACAUUUCUGUCUGUAUUAUUGCUUUUUAAGUUUCUCUUUUGUGGCUGAAAUUUUCUACCACACCUGUAAUGCCAAAGUGUGCCUUGUUCAUGUCCUAUCCCUGUACUGCCCUCUGAGUAUGUCUUUACAUUUAGUUCUUUUGUCUGUAUACUUUUCACAUCACCGCCCAGUUCAACAUCAUCUGCAUCAACUUUGCUCCAUAUCUCAGCACUCCUCCAGGAUUACCAGUAUGAAUGAGAACCUCAUUGUUUGAUAGUCUGUAAGGUGAAGAAUUUCCACAUGAUACACUUCAAAAUUUGUCUUGGCUAACAGUCCUUAAAACAAUUUUCAGGUCAAUGCACAAUUAUUAUAUAUAUAUAAAGCAGCACAGACUGUCUUACAAGUGACCUAAGGAGCUAUUAAUAAACAGGAUGAAACGGUCAUUGUCUCAAUGCAAUACAGAGUCUGGACAGAAUUAAUCUUACUGAGAUGUUCAUGCCCAUCUCUGACCUUGCUGGUUUAAAGCAUUCUUUACAGACAAUGCAGGAGAUAGGUAUUUCUAGGGCAAAAUUCAUCUGACUUAUUUUAGAUGUCUUCUUUAGGAUGUGUUGAAUUGUUCACUUACAGAGAACUUUCCUAUUAGUGUUGUUUCUCUCCACUGACUAGAAACCAAAAAUAAGAGUCUGGCACUUGGCUAUAAAGAACCUUCUCCUCCACUCUCCUGUAUAAGUAGCUUUCGGAGCAUCAUGAAAAAUAAUAUAAUUGGCUUUUCCAGAAGCACAAGGAGAAGAAAUAAAAACGAGGCAUGAUCAAAUGUGCCCCUGCUGCAGUUACCAUCACCUGAGAUAGGUAUCACGGGCUAAUUUGCUGUCAGCGGAAGACAGUGGGCACUUUUUGGAAGCAGUGCAUAUCUAAAGGAUUGUAUAUGCCACUCCCCAGAAGCUCCUAUUUUUUUUCUGUUGGCUGUAGGAGAAGCCUGAGUAGCAGCAUGGAUAGCUGCACUCCCAGUAUGGGACAAAAAUUUCACGUGCUGAGGAAAAUUUGGGGCUCACAGUAAUAUUUAGGAGGUACCUAUUUUUUGCUCUAAUAAUUCUGAGGGUGACUAACACAAAUACAGAACUGCACUGGAAACAGCUGAAGUCAGGAAGCACAAAUCCUGCUCUCUGACUGACCCAGACAUGGACCAUACAGAUAGGGCAAAUUUAUGUGCAAGGAUUAGGCUGCAGGCAGAUAUGGGGUUUUUUUCCAGCAUUCAUAAAUUCUAAGGUACAGGAAUGGGAGUAAAAGCAGAGAAUUACAAAGUAUUUAGGGAAGGCCAGUAGACAUGCACAACUUGAGAAAAUGUAAAAACUGAAAGGGAAAGCCUAUAGGCUAUCUAUAGCAUCUAAACAGAAAAAAACUUUUUAGAUCUUAAAUAUCCAGUCCUUGUUUCACAUUAACAAAAAGGUCAGGGUAUCCAGCCUGAUUUUAGUUUUGACAAACAUAACUGGUGCUACCAUACAUUCAAAAUCACAACUGAAGAUAAUUCUGCAUAGGCCACUCUAAUCUAAUUCUAAUACUCUUGCUGGAUUUUCCAAAGUCAUUUGGAUUCUGAUUGUAAAAAUGGAAAAAUGCAAAAUAAUUCUGCCUGUUUUGUGGUAGAACAUUCAAAGGUGUGCUUUGUGAAUGUUUUAUAGUUGAAUGUCAAUGUUCGUGAACACCCAACUGAAUAUUUAAAAAAAAAGAAAGGGAAAAAAAGAAUUGUGAGCAUAGAAUACUCUUUCAAAAAUACUAUCAAAUUUAUUAUUCCAAAGAAAUUAUGUGGUUGUCAGAGAAACAGUCAAAUGCAACUUUGUUAUAACAGUGCAAUUGUAGAUGCUAAACCAGUAUUACAUAUUUUGAAAUAUUAUAUAUUAGUAUUUCAAAAUUCUUAGAAAAGUGUGUUAUCUCUUCUUGGCAUUUUGGUUAAGAUCAAGUGUAGUGUAGUACUUUUAUUUUUUCCAAUUUGGCAGAUACCUUUGGUAUUAGGAAGCGUUGGGUAUAGUUUAAAGUCAGUCCAAAUGGCACAAAUAAACCUAGCUUUUACAAUCUGCACUGAGAACACUUAAACCAGAAUUAUAUGAAGAUUAAAUUCCUUGCAUGGAUUUUUUUUUACAAAUGAACAUGUUCUGUGGAUUCUAAUCAUAAGGAGAAAAAAUUUUUUUUUAAAUUUGUUCUAGGCAAUUUGAAUAAUUCCAAAGGUUUUGAUUUUCCAACAUGAAUAUUGUAUGGUACAAUUAAGCAUUGUGGUUAGCACUCUAAUUAAAAAAAAAUGUUUUCUGGUUUAAUAUAUCUGAAUCAACAGAUGCUGUAUGAAAGCAUCUAGAAUUAUAAGUGCAACUCAAACAUUCAUUAAGAACACAAAAUCAUUAUAACAUAAUGCAAGAGAUGUUGAAAACAUUUAAAUACACAUAAUCUGAUUCAUUCCCAUAAUGUAUCAUUCCACACACAUCAUAAAUUCAGUUACAGAAAUAAUUUAGCUAAAUAUACUAGUAAGUUUAUGUAUUUUAAAGCAUUACAAAUAAGCAUAAAGCAUUUAGAAGGUAUAGCCCUCCAUAGGAUAGUCCACUACUAUACUCUUUCUUGACUGGAUUGCAGAUACCACAGGAAACUCCCUGAAACUGGGCCAAAUGUGCCUCAGUUAUUCUUUGGUAUAUGCAGUAAAAGUAUCUCUGUCUUUUUAAAACACUUUGUGUCUUAAAAAGGGUUCUCUUACCUCUGUUUAGUUCAUGAACUAUGUGAAAAAUAUUAACCACAAGAAAAACAAAUUGUUUAUCAAAGAAUUGUCACCAAAUGGCCCUGUGCCUAAGCUUAAUAAUUUGUGCAAUACUUGUCAUCUUUGAUGUAUAGAUACUAGUAUUACAUAGUAGACCUUGAAAAUUACAUAUUUAUAACUUGGUGAAUGCAAAAAGCUCUACAUUAAUCACAAUAAUACAUUCUGUAAUAUCAGCAUUGACUGGAAAAUACUGACCAGUAAUAUAAUGUAAUUCUAAAUGUAUUGUUUAAUUUUGGGUGAUACACUAUAAUAACAAUUUUUUAAUGUGA